CUCUCUCUCUUAAUCACUAUGGUGUUUAUAACUUGGGAGACCCAAAAUUCUUAUUUUCAUGCUAAUUUUCCUCUAUGGUUUUAGGCACUUUUUGGUUUUUGAAAUGAGAGAAAAUGGAUUUUUGAAUGAAUGAAAUUACACUAGUUCACUCCUUGCUUAGCUGAAGGUCUCAAUAUGUUUUGAUGUGGUUUUUGCUCUAUCUGGUUCCUUGAAAUCACUCUCAUAGUGUUAAGCAUUUCUGACUUGGUUAUUUAUUUAUAAUUAUUUCCUCCCUCUCAUAUUUGUAAUUCAAUUUAAUAUGAAAGUCCUCUUUUUGUGAAUUUUUUUUUUCCUUUUAAUUUAAAAGAUCUAAUAUGUAGAGGUGAACAAAUUAUUAAAUAAGAUUAAGAUGAUUAAGAGAAUAUUUAAGGUUAAGGGAAAAGGGAGAUGGGAGUAGAGGUAAUAAUAUCACCUUAAGAUGUUAUAUCCUCGACACAAAAGAAUUUGAUGCUUGAUGCACUGAUUUUGUUCACAAGUUUUUGGUCAAUGUAAGCAAAUAGUGAAAUGGCCAACCCAUUACAGAUAUCCAAAGAGUGUGCCAAUGUAUGACCACAUUGAUAUGAUUUAUUUUAUUUAUUUAUUUAUUUUGUGUGUGUGUGGAAAAAAUAUUUCUAGUGUAGUAGUAUGGUGUCUUAGAAAUAGUCAGGCAAAUCUUAAAUCUCUGUUUUGUUUCCCCAUUUGAAUAUCUCCUCCAGUUCAUGGUGCAAGCAUUAUUUUUAUGAGUAUCUAAAAAUUUAUGUGCAAUCUCAGUCUGGAAAAUAAGACCCAGAAAGUGGACUCAGUUUUGGCUUCAAUGGAAACUUUGCUUUCUGAAUAUUAAUAUUGAAUCUUUAAGGAGUUUUCUCAUAUAUGUGAAAUGGAUAUGCUACUGAACCUGAUGUAUUGAUAUUUUUCCUUCUUGUUUUCUCUUGUUGAGAGAAACAAAUGCAUUGUGGUUUCUAUUCCAGACCCUUCAUUUAUGUCUAGUUUUGUUUUUAUGCGUAUUGAACUUGUAAGCUUAGUUGGGUCGGCUUUACCAGCCCUCUUUCUUUCUAGAGCUGGAAUUACACCCAUAUCUGCAUAAUUAUAUGCAUGUCAUUUAUGCUUUCAUUGGCUUUGUGAAAUUUUAUUAAGAUUUUAAGAGUUAUCCUUUGUCCUUAUUUUGCUUUCCUUAUUGCCUGAUUUGUUAAUGUCCUUGCAGGUUACCAAAUUGAGUUGCAAAAAUGGCAGAUAGGCCACAACUUCCAUCUGUAAUCCAGAAGAUAAGAGUGCAACCUUACCUCUCCAUCACGCACUUUCCUAACCAUCAAGCCUGGACUUCAAGCUUGCAAAACAUUCCCAGUGCUGGUGGAUAUGCGAUCGACAGAUUGCACAAAACAUUGCUCCCAGCAAAUGCUGGCUCUGCCUCCAAUCUUGCUUCACCUCUGCUUCCAGUAUUUGUAAGAGCUCCGCUGGAAAAGCAUAAGUCUGACUCUCGAACUGGGUUAAUUUAUGGAUCAUUCCUUGCUCUUUUUGGGGUGCUAACUGCUCCAAUUGGGAGAGUGAAACUCCUGAUCCAGUGCCAAGAUGAGAUGAUCAAGUCAGGUAGACUAACUAAGCCUUAUAAAGGAAUUGUGAACUGCUUCGCCAGAACAAUCAGUAAUGAAGGCUUCAUAUCCCUUUGGAGAGGCUACAUCCCUGGUGUCAUCAGCGACGUUUCCAAUAGAGUAAUAAGCUUUGGCUUUAACAACUCAAAAAACAAAGAUGGCUUGGCAGGAGGAAUUUUUCCUAAUUUAGCAACUCAUUUUGUUGUUUAUCCCCUGGUUUAUGCCCAGACUCGCCUAGCCAAUGAUAUCAAGACAAGCAAUAAGAUUGAAGAAAGGCAAUUCAAAGGUUUGAUUGAUGUCUACAAAAAAGCUAUAAGAUCAGAUGGCAUUGCUGGACUGUACCGUGGAUUUGCUAUCUCAAGUUGUAAAAGCUUCUUAAGUAAUGGGGUCUACUUAGGCAUACAAGUUAUGUUACGCAGGCUCGGGUCACAGGAUGACUUCUUGGCUGCACCAGUAAUGGCAGUGGGAGUCGCAGUUUGUCAAAAGAUGGCAACUUACCCGUUGGACACUGUAAGUAGGAGGAUGAUGAUGACCUCUGGAGAAGUUGUUAAAUAUCAGAGUUCAAUACAUGCAUUUGCAGAGAUUAUCAGGAAUGAGGGUGUUAAGUCCCUUUAUAAGGGUGGAGGUACAUGCAUCCUCGAAAAAAUUACUUUAUCCGUGUUUUUUGCUGUUUUUAUCACAAGAUUGCCCCAUUAUUUUUCCACAAAGAAGUCUAAUUCUGCCGCUGAUGGUGUGUCUGCAAAGAGGAAUGGAUCGGCUGGUGGUGAUCAAUCUGCAUCAACUCUCACCAUUAAAUGGACAUAUGGUAAGAAGGACUAGGGGCAACGGUGGUGGAGGCCCACGCAGAAAUUUCUCUUCUGAGGGGAACAAUGAUUUAGAUUUUCUUUGCAAUUAGAGUUCAGUUGACAGUCUGAGAAAGUUCUUCUGUAAUAUAAUAUUAUAGGGAGUAAAACAAUAGUACUUAGGUUUAUGAGUCUGGGCUUAACCUCUUCCCCGUAGUAAACAAAUGAGUUUGUAUUGUGCUGACUUCUAGAAAUUGGAUACUCAAAUUACCACCACUUGAAAUCAAUACAUCUACUGGAAGCUUAAUAGCGUUAGAUCGUC